AUGGACCAAGUAACUUCAAGUACUAACGGGAAUUGGAAGUCUGUUUCCCAACACGGUGACAAAAAAAAGGAUAAGAAGAUGAAGAAAAUGGUGAAGGUACGUUCUGUGAAGAAAAGAACGAAAAAGAAAGAAUCAGAUAAUUGCACUUUCCUCCAGUAA